AUGAGCAACGGCGCGCCGAGUGCGAACGCGAAUAUUGGCGAUGGCGGGGCGAGCCGCGACGGCGGUCGCGAUCGCGCGAUGAGCCGCGGCGGGAUGAGCUGCGACGGCGCGACGAGCGUUGGCAAGGCGAGCAAUGGCCGCACCAUGACGGGCGGCAUGACGAGCGGCGCGGCUACGACGAUCGGGGCAGAGGCCAACGCGAGCGAGACUGGUACGAUCCGCGCGAUGACCGGCGCGACGGCCGACGCGGCGAGGGGCAGCCUCAGCACAGCGGUCGCCGGGUGGGACCGCCGAUGCACGCUCAAUGCUAAGCAGCUCAGCGGCCGUAUCUCGCAUGCCAGUGGCGCCGACGAGCUGCUCACGCUCUUUGCUGCCCACAGAGCGAGCUUGAACCACAUCCACGCUGCGAACCUGUGGAACAAACUGGGCAAGCAGCGCGUCGAGCGGCGGCACGAGGAGCAGCUUGAGCAGCUGGUGCAGCGCACGCUGUACCUCAUUCCUUCGUGCCGUGCACGCGAGCUGGCCAACGUGUCUCACGGCGUUGCAAAGCACCGAGGUUACGAUCUCGCGCUUGCAACGCUCCGUCGCGGCUGCCCUCGCCGCCGUCCAGCACGGCUUGAGGAGGAGCAUCUCGAGCCGCGCACUGGCUACUCGCUCGACCUGGCGCUGCCCUCUUCACGCCUUGCGGUCGAGGUGGACGGUCCCUCUCACUUCCUGCUGCCCGACGGCCGGGGCGUGCGCAAACCCAAUGGGCCAACGCUGCUCAAGCGGCGCCUCCUCGCGGCGGCUGGCUGGAGGGUGAUCAGCGUUCCAUUCUACGGGUGGAACGGCUUCGCGACGGCCAAGGAGCGGCAAACCUACCUGCAGGGGGCGGUCGCCCCGCUGUUGGGCUAG